UUCAAUGGGCUACCUGUAGAGGCUCCGGGCGCUGCGCAUAAAUACUCCUCCCUCUGAGGAUGAGUUCAGUCCUGAGGGAGAGACACAGAGACUAAAUUAGGUUUUGGGAAUCUGGUUAGGGCGGAUUAUGAACGCUUUUGGACACCAACCAUCUAACCAGCAGACCAGUCCUAUUCAGCACCACAGCGCUCAGGAGCUCCUGGACAUGGCCGUGUACUGCGACAACUACGGUGUUUACCAGCAGAACCUCCACCACCAUCACCCUCAGAGGCCGCCGACGCACCCUUCAAGCUACGGCCUAGGCGAGUACACCUCCCCGUCCACGAACCCCUACCUAUGGCUGAACGGACCCAGCAUCAAUUCCUCUCCAUAUCUCCCGGGGAAUAACGGCACGUCCUACAUACAGUCUGGAUACGGGUCAAACCAGAGGCAGUUCUUACCACCUCCCACAGGGUUUGGUGGAGCAGACCUGGGAUGGUUGUCCAUAUCCAGCCAGCAGGAGCUCUUCAAGAUGGUCAGGCCACCUUACUCCUACUCUGCACUGAUAGCGAUGGCCAUACAGAACGCCCAAGACAAAAAGUUGACGCUCAGUCAGAUCUAUCAGUAUGUUGCUGACAACUUCCCUUUCUACAAGAAGAGCAAAGCUGGAUGGCAGAAUUCAAUCCGCCACAAUUUGUCACUGAACGACUGCUUCAAAAAAGUGGCACGGGACGAGGAUGACCCCGGUAAGGGGAACUACUGGACGCUGGACCCCAACUGUGAGAAGAUGUUCGACAACGGCAACUUCAGGCGGAAGAGAAAAAGGAGAGCUGACAUAAACGGAGCUGAGAGUACCGCUCUCCCCGUCAAGUCAGAGGACGGUGCGCACAAGCUCUCAGACACCGCCAGCCUGCUGAGCUCCUCCCCGCCUAGCCUGCACGGAUCCCCGGCCUCCACGGAGCCAAAGUCGUCGCCGUCUCCUUCCGCGGAGCACAGCCCGUGUUUCAGCAGCUUCGUGUCCAGCGUGAACUCGCUGCUGGCGGGCACUGACGGCUCCAGGGGCGCGGAGCGGGACUUCGGCUCCGGGCAUCUCGGGGGAUUGUCACAGACCAGAGAGGGCAUGUCUGGACUGGGCUCCUACUCGCCCACUUUAAUCUCUCCUCUGAACUCUGACACCAACAGAAUGAACUAUUACACAUCUGUACAGAGCCUCUCCAACCAUUUUAGUGUUAAUAACCUCAUAUACAGCCGGGAAGGAACAGAGGUGUAGACUGUCUUAUCUUUGUCUGUGUUGGGCUGGUUGCAGAAAAAAAUAAUAAUUUAUCACUCAUUGUUAGCCUUCACAAUUCUUAAGUAGCCAACUGUUGUUAGGUAUUAUUCACUGUCUGGUUUGGUAGCCCUCAUUGUAAAACUGUCACUGGAACUGAGCUGCUAUUUUUCCCCACAAUAAUCCUAGAAAGCAGUCCGUGUAUUAGAAAAUGAAUAUUCCUGACACUGCUCCAUUAUGCGCAACAAACAUGUUCAUUUGUAGAAAAUAUUACAAUUGAAAAAAAAAAAAAACUGCCCACAGAGAUCCUUGAACUGAUACUUUACUUAUUUUUUUGAUUUGUUUGGGCCGACUCUCUGUAUAAAGGAGGAAGACAUCUGUACAGAAAUUAUUUUCAUAAGAAGAAACGUGUCAUGUAUUUUUUAGA